AUGGCUACUCCAUCUUCAGAAGUUUUAGUUUUAAGAGGUUCUUUGGAAGGUCACAACGGCUGGGUUACUUCCUUGGCUACUUCUCCAGCUCAACCAAACUUGUUGUUGUCUGCUUCCAGAGAUAAGACUUUGAUCACCUGGAAAUUGACUGGUGGUGACCAAGAAUUUGGUGUUCCAGUUAAAUCUUUUACUGGUCACUCUCACAUUGUCCAAGACUGUAUCUUGUCCAAUGACGGUAACCAUGCUUUUUCCGCUUCCUGGGAUAAGACCAUCAAGUUGUGGAACUUGGCUACUGGUGACUGUAUCAACACUUUAACUGGUCACUUGGGUGAUGUUAUGUCCAUUUCCUACAAUGAAGACUUACAUCAAUUGGUUUCUGCUUCCAGAGAUAAGACUGUUAGAAUUUGGAACACUUUGGGCCAAUGUUUAGUCACUUUAAUGGGUCACUCUGACUGGGUUUCCCAAGUUAAAGCUGUCACUAGUGACAAAGGUAAGCCAAUUGCCUUGUCUGCUGGUUCUGACAAAAUUGUUAAAUUUUGGGAUUUGAGAGAUUUCCAAUUAGAAGCUGACUUCAUUGGUCACAACGGUUACAUUAAUGCUGUUGCUGCUUCUCCAGAUGGCACCUUAGCCGCUUCUGCUGGUAAGGAUGGUAAAAUUAUGAUGUGGGAUUUAAACCAAAAGACCCCAUUGUUUACUGUUGAUGCUAAAGACGAAGUUUUCGCUUUAGUUUUCUCUCCAAACAGAUUUUGGGUUACUGCUGCUACUGCUUCUGGUAUUAAGAUCUUUGACUUGGAAUCCAAGAGCUGUAUUGAACAAUUGAACCCAGAAUUUGCUGGUUAUACCAAGGCUGCUGAUCCACAUGCUAUUUCUUUGGCUUGGUCUGCUGACGGUCAAACAUUAUUUGCUGGUUACACUGAUAAUGUCAUCAGAGUCUGGCAAGUUAUGUCUAUGAACUAA